AUGGUCACUGAGUUCUUGGAUAUCAAUGCAGGGCCCGUCUCUACCGAUAUCGAUUAUGCAACGGUUUCCUCUAGUGAUAAAGAGUCUUCUUCUUGUGUGAAUUUCAAGCUUUCCGCUUCAAUUGAUGCAUCUGACCAAAAUGUCACUUCAUUGCCAUCGUCCACUAAGUCGUCGUGUCCUACACCAGCUUCAGUUAACUCAUUGAGGCCCUUCAAUCAUCACAAUAACCGGUAUCCUUAUCAUUCUUCUCCAAUGGGGUUUUAUCAUAAUCAGAGGGGGAAUAAGUCUCAUUGGUUUCUUUCGCCACCACCACCGCCACCUCUUUGGCAUUCUUUCCCUCCUCCGAUUGCAAUUGUCAAUCCUCCAUAUGUCAAUGUUCUUCCUCCAUCUCCCCCUCCAUUUCCAGGCUGCAUGCCUCCGUAUGGGUAUUACAAUAAUGGUUACUGUUCACUUACAGAUGCAUACUAUGGUCCGCUGGUGGGGCCACCGCCAGCACCUUUUAUGGAAGCUGUUAAUGGCGGACCACCACCAUAUCCUCAAGAACCUUCUCCUCUGCAUGGGUUUCCUCACCACGAAUUUGAACUGUGCACAAAAAUACAGAAUCGAAUAGAAUAUUACUUCAGUGAACAGAACCUAGUGGAUGAUUUCUACCUGAGGGGCAAGAUGGCUUAUGAAGGCUGGGUUCCUAUUGAUCUUAUUGCUGGGUUCAGAAGGAUAAAAGCACUAACGAGUGAUGUUGAUAUGAUAGUUAGAUCACUGAAAAUAUCAACUACUGUGGAGGUAAAAGAUAAUCAUGUCUGUAAGCGUUGA